CCUCACUCGCGCCACGCCCUUCCAUCGCUGUCUCUACUUCACUGGCCCGUCGCCGCCUUGGCUCACUCGCCCAUCGCCGUCGUGGCCCCUGGUUCACUCGCCCAUUGCCUCUGGUGCACUUCCCAUCGCCGUUGUGCCAGUCCUUUCAGGCUUGGUUGAUAGCUGUUGGAUAAAAUUCCCCUAAUAUUACUUUAUUUUGUCAUGUGGCUUGAAGUUGCUUUAAAACUUGUUUGGCAAUCACAUCAGCAUGGAUAUAGCACAUUGCUAUUUAGAUGGUAAUGCUGAUGCCGUGGAGUUCUGCCCACACAACUCAUAUCACCAUGUUUUAGCAGCAUCCACUUAUACACUAAAAGAAGGUGAUCAACCAAGUAGAUGUGGAAGCAUUUCACUCUUUAAUGUGGAUGCCGACUUGCAUUCCCUCGACUUGGUUUAUCAUGUGGAGGCUUCUGGGAUAUUUGACAUAAAGUGGAAUCCACCUGGAGGGCAUGCUGAUAAUUUUCUGGGUCAAGCAGAUGCUGAUGGGUACUUGAGAAUUCAAAAGCUGGAGGGUUGCUGUAGUGAAACUGAAGGGGCUUCUCUAAAAGAAGUAGCUAGUGAAAAGAUCAGCAAUUCCAUGUGCCUGUACCUGGACUGGAACCCGUCAGCUACAUUGAUUACAGUGGGUCUUUCUGAUGGCUCUGUAUCUAUUGUUUCCCUUUCGGAGUCCAGGCUGGAAAUCCAAGAAAACUGGAAGGCUCAUGAUUAUGAGUUAUGGACAACCUCUUUUGACACUCACCAACCAAAUCUGGUAUAUACUGGCUCUGAUGACUGUAAGUUCAGCUGUUGGGAUUUGCGUGAUAGCCCUUCUAGAAUGGUGUUUCAUAACUCCAAAGUGCAUAAGAUGGGUGUCUGUUGCAUUGCAAAGAGUCCCCAUGACCCCCAUAGCUUAUUAACUGGCAGCUACGAUGAAUACUUGAGAGUGUGGGAUUUAAGAUCAAUUUCGAAGCCAAUUAAUGAGACUUCAGUUUGCUUAGGUGGAGGAGUUUGGAGGGUGAAACAUCACCCCGUCAUUCCAGGCCUGGUUUUGGCUGCUUGUAUGCAUAAUGGGUUUGCAAUUACUGCCAUUAAAGGAGAGGAAACUCAAGUUUUGGAAACUUACAAGAAGCAUGAUUCACUUGCAUAUGGAGCAGACUGGCAAAGAGAAGCAAUCCACAGUGGAGGGAAGAAGAAACCUCUCGUGGCUACUUGCUCAUUCUAUGACAGACUUGUCCGGCUAUGGAUGCCCAAAAAUGAUAUUGUGUUGUAAGUUCUUGAAGAUAAACCUAGUUUUCCAUUAAUGGAGUAUUUGUAUAUUUAUUGAUGAUCAUUGUGUCAAUUGUCUUGUUUUUUUUUCAUCAUGUCGAUUAGUAGUGUAGGAACUUGUGUAGUCUAUUGUCCAGGUGAAUGGAGCUGAUUUUUUCUUCCCUUCAA